AUGCCGUCGAUCGAUUCGUUUGAGGCAUUUCUGUUUGCCGCUUCGGAAGCUUGUUGCGGUCGUAUGGCGCUCUUUGUUCAAAUCCAAGGAUUUUUCAUUUGCUUGAUUCUUGCUCUUGGCUGGGCCUUGGCUUCUCUUGUUAGGAGAAAAGAGAUACACAGGAUCAAGGAAAGCAUAAAACAUGGCAACAACUUUGCUUUUAUUUGUCAUGAUAUCAAUGAGCUCGAGCAUUCUAGUCAGGUCAAUUUGCCUAGAGUUUCUGUUGUAAUGCCUUUGAAGGGUUUUGGGGAACACAAUCUGCACAACUGGAGAACUCAGAUUACAUCUUUAUAUGGUGGUCCCUUGGAAUUUCUUUUUGUGGUCGAUAGUAAAGAAGAUCCUGCUUAUCACGCCGUAAAACAUUUAUUGAAUGACUAUGAGGAUGACGUUGAUGCCAAAAUUGUAGUUGCUGGUCCAUCAACAUCCUGUAGUCAGAAGAUUCAUAACCAGUUGGUCGGUGUAGAGAAAAUGCACAAAGAUAGCAAGUAUGUGUUAUUUCUAGAUGAUGAUGUUAGGUUGCACCCUGGUUCAAUUGGAUCUCUCACCUCUGAAAUGGAAAAGAACCCUGAUAUAUUUAUUCAAACAGGAUACCCUCUUGAUUUACCAUCUGGAAGUUUAGGAAGUUACUGCAUAUAUGAAUAUCACAUGCCUUGUUCGAUGGGGUUUGCCACUGGUGGAAAAACAUUCUUUUUAUGGGGAGGAUGCAUGAUGAUGCAUGCAAAUGACUUUAGAACUGAUCGUCACGGCGUCGUUUCAGAACUUAGAGAUGGAGGCUACUCCGAUGAUAUGACUCUUGCAGCUAUUGCCGGAGCUCAUAAGAGGCUCAUCACGUCACCUCCAGCUGCUGUUUUCCCUCAUCCACUCGCAAGUGAUCUGAACUUUGCCAGGUACUGGAACUAUUUGAGAAAGCAAACAUUUGUUUUAGAAUCCUACACGACAAAAGUCAAUUGGAUUAUGAAUCGAGCUCUAUUCUUUACCCACUUCUACUUGUCAUGGGGAUUUGUAGCGCCAUAUUUUAUGUCUGGGAUUCAUGUGGCUGCAGCACUUGGGUUCUAUUUUAAACAGACCUCUACUAGUGAAGCAGCUUUUCCAUUUACUGGGUUGUUCUUGUCUGCCUGCCUUGCUCUAUGCACAACAGUUGAGCUUUUCUCCAUGUGGAAUCUGACAAGGAUAGAGGUUCAGUUAUGCAACCUGCUGUCACCAGAAGCUCCUCCUCUAUCACUUACAUCGUAUAACUGGUGUCUGGUCUUUAUUGCUAUGUUGGUUGACAAUUUUCUAUAUCCAAUAUCCGCUAUUCGGUCACACUUUUCUCAGUCUAUCGAUUGGUCUGGCAUUAAAUACCAUUUAAAGAACGGGAAAAUAUGCAAGAUCGAAAGAACCAAAGGUAAGGGACCUAAGUACACAGACUUAGGAGGGAAGCAUUUGUAUGGGAAGAAAGCAUUGCCAAGCAACUAUUCUUUACUCAAAUCUUUGUCCAGAAGUUAUGUUCAAUGGCGACAACCCAAGAAAUACGAUUUAUAA